CGGCGGCAGCGCGGCGCCAUGUCGGGGACGCUGCGGGCUUUCCGCGUCCGCGGGAGCGGCGGCGCGGAAAAGUUCGGCGUGGCGGCCGGGAGCCUGCGCGGGCUGCUGCGGAAGGGCUGCCGGCUGCUGCAGCUUCCCUUGGCAGGCAGCCGCCUCUGCCUCUACGAGGACGGCACGGAGCUGACCGAGGGCUUCUUCCGCGCCCUGCCGCCGCAGACGGAGCUGGUGCUGCUGGGCCCGGGCGAGACGUGGCCGGGCUGUUUCGGCGACGUGGGGCGGCUGCUGGGCGCGUGCCAGAGCCAGCGGGACGCCGUGGUGGAGGCGGCGCGCAGGCUGCUCGCCGACGAGCGGGCGCCCAAGAGGCAGAAGCUCCUGGCGGACCUGCUGCACAACCUGGACGAAAACAUCCUAGCGGAGGACAAGGCGGAUGACCAGAAGUGGUUUGAAGGUCUAGAGUCUCGUUUUAAGAAUAAAUCAAGCUACAUGCGAUACAGUUGUGAAAGCAGAAUACGAAGCUACAUGAAAGAGGUCGGUGGUUUUAUUUCAAAUGUUCAUCCAUCAGCAAGAGAUGCAUAUAAAAGGAUAAUUGACCUUAUGUUGGAUAAACUGAAAUCUGUGAAAUACAAUGGGUGCUACUUUGACAGAAGAGAGGAGGAGGAGGCAGUCCGCCUAUGCACCGUGGAGGGAUGGUUCUCUUGUCAAGGACCUUUUGACAGUGAUUACUGCCCAUGUAAGCAUUCCAUCAACCCCUACAGUAACAGGGAAAGCAGAAUCCUCUUCAGUACCUGGAAUCUCGAUCAUAUAAUAGAGAAGAAACGAACUGUUGUCCCAGAACUGGCAACAGCCGUCAAAACACGGGAUGGAAGAGAAGUGAACUGGGAAUACUUCUAUCAACUGCUGUUUACCUUGGAGAAUCUAAAACUUGUACAUAUUGCUUGCCAUAAGAAAACCAAUCAUAACCUCAGCUGUGACAAAACUAAGAUUUAUAGGAAAAGGAAGCAAAACCACAAGGUUUCAUAGCAAAACACCUGAAAGUGACUUGCUGUUUUUUCCAAGAUCAUGUAACAUGACACCACUUUUAAAUAGCUCUGGUUUCUUAAAAAAAAACAUAUUUAGCAAGUCUCUUCUGCCAAGAACCCGAAUAAUUCAAUUGCAGUCUCACAAAGCAUAUACUCAGAUUAUGUCUAAUUCUGCUCUUCCCUCCUCGCUUACUACAGGCCUUGCUUGGAUCAUGUUACGUUAAGAGUGAUAAAGUAUAGCUCUAAGUGAUACUUAAAAAUAUAUUCCUUCAGACAUUAAGCCAAACAAAGAACAUCUCAGGUUAAUUAUGUUGUUCUGUGCCUCUUGUGGGUAGACUACCACUGUACUUCAAAUACGCCAAAUGCAGCUUCAGUGACAGAGCUGUUUGCUCUCCUGUAUCAGAAUGCCUGCACUUAUCCACAACCAUUCCCUUUCCUAUUAUUUCAGAUGCAUACCUUCUAGAAGGAGUAGCAAGGCCAUCUUUGCUUUUAUGAUCUUUUCCAUUUGUCAUCCAUUCCACUGAUUUCCCUCUCCUUCCAGACAGUUUCUGCCUCUUUAGCUUGAGUUUGCUUGAAGCAAGACAUGCAGUGUUACUGGAUAAGCACCACAUUUAUGUGCUGCUUUAGAAUAUUUAUUGCUUUUGUAACAUGAAACAAAAUACAUCAAUUUUUAUAGCAACUGAAUUCUCAGGGACUGUCAGCACAAGCAACAUUUGUAUUUUCUUAAUAAAAAAAGCUCACAGGCAUCUUUCUCUGUGAGCCGCGUGUGUGAAGACAGAGGUGGUGGUAGUAAACCACGUUAAAACUAAAAUAAUGGCACUAAAAAGACUGAACGUAGGGAAAGGUGUUUAUGAAUGUGGCACUAGAUACUUAUUUGUAAUUAAUAUACUCGGCUCAUCUGUAAGCAAGCCUCUUUCAUGGAGUUUUUCCUCCUUCCUACCCACAUAAAUUCAGCUAGUCCAGCUAGAAUUGUAUUAAGAUCGUAUUGCUGUCGGAGCGAUGAUUAUUAAGUCUCAGAAAUGCAGAAGUUUUGCUACAGAGAGUAUCAAGUUACUUGAGAAGUAAACAACAAACAACUUCCCUCCAAAACUUUUCAACAUUAAAACCAAGUUAGUGCAUUUCUAAUACAGGAUUUCUAGACAAACAGCAGUGUUGAGUUCAUUCUUCCUGUUCAGCUAUUUCAAACAUGCGUGUCACCUGUAAUUAAGAUAUAAAUGCGUUAUAUACUGUUUUGACAUUCCAGAAGCUGUGACAAAGAUUCUGAUGACAAAUACUAUAUGAUCUGUAUGGAUACUUCCUACACACUGAAAAUCACCAUUUUGUGCUGAAACUAAGAUGAAAAUUUACAUGUAAAGGUGUAUUUGUUAUAAAGAGGAGGUAGCGAAUAAGCCUAAAUGAGAUUUGAGAAAAGUUAGAAAGACUGCUUCACAGUGGGGUUGUACUGAAAACUAUGAGAGCAAUAUUAAAUUAAAUCUUUUCUUUGCACAUCACUGAAUUAGCGUGAAAAGGAGCCAAGAAAUAUCAACAGAAACAGCAUAUCAGCUGAAUGAGAAUGUGAAUGCAUUAUCAUGUCAUGCAUAUACAAUUUGUUUGGCUUACAGUUUUAAUAUGAAUGCUUAACAGGCUAUAGCUGUAGAAAUUAAUAUUUAUUUAAACCAUCUGCUGAUUAUAUUUGCUUUCUAGAAAUAUAGAGGAAAUUACUUGUAAUAAAAAAAUAAAGUUGUGGAAGCUUACUGCAUAAUCACAUUUUAAAAGAAAUAUUAUCAUAAACACUGGAUGGAUGAACAGUUCUGAAAUCUCUGAGGCUGCUCAUUAUUUUCCCAAAAUACAGGCAAAAAAAAUAAAUCUGGAGGACUGAGCUUACCCUUAGCAGUCAAUACUCACUCACCUACCGAUAAAGUGCUACCUGGAGAGGUUUUACUCAUCCUUUAAUACCGCCAAUGACUACAUGCUCAAGAAUUUCUACUCAUAACCCUCAGACGUCAGUUGAGGACAAUAUUGCACAAAUUGAAUUACACAAAUAUUAAAAAGGGCUAUUUUUACGGUUGAUUUGAUGGAGGAGGGAAGCAAUGGAAUUCACACAGUGGCUGUUAAGAAAACUGACGUGCAAUAAAAACAUAUUUAGCAUCUCGAGACCAAAAAGUGAACUCACACUGACAUAUGUGCAUUUAAUUUUGGCAGCAGAACUGCAUUUUAAAGGUGUGAGUUGCUUUCAUUUUAGAAGUAAACCAUGCAACAGUAAACUUAAGGAACAGAGGUUGGUAUCCUUCCAUGUACUGUGUAGCCUACUAGAGAAAUUGCUAUUUAGAUACCAAAAACAGAUUUAAAAGGAAACACACUAUCUAUCUGUGUUCUAAGACUGCUUGCUUGGUUAGUUGUGAAGAGGAAUGAGAACAGGCCAACUGUUCGCUGGAGGUAUUGGCUUAAAUUUACAGCACAGUAAACCAAAUGUCCAUUUUUUCACGCUUUUCUUCUUUUUUUUCAUUAAAAAGUGGUAAAAUGGUAAACUGUAA